AUGGACUUAUCACAACUGGACUUGAUUUUACAAUGCGAAGAUGAUUGUUCAUUGACACAUAUUGAACUUGAUGAUGUUGUGCCCAUCGAAAUGGACCCUCAAAAUAAUGGAAAUGGAAAUGAAAUUGUAGCUGAUGAACAAUUGAAUGAUAGUGUGGUCAAUUGUCGGUCCAAGGCCAAGCUCAUAGAUGGAGAUAAACUUGUUGAGGAACCUAAGAACGGUAUGUUAUUUGGCUCCAUAGAGGAAGUUCUUGACUAUAAUAGGAAUUAUGCAAAGCAAGCGGGUUUUGGUGUGAUACAAAAGAAGAAGAAAAAGUAUGAAAAUGGAGAUGUACAUUACAUCACUCUGACAAGUGCUCGUGGAGGCAAAGCAUCAUCCAGUUCAAGGCAUAAUCAUGAUUUAAGCCCAGGUAAAGCGAGAUACUUUCGGUGCAACAAGAAGUUGAAUCCUGCUACGAAGAAAAAGCUUGAUAUAAAUGAUAGAGCUGGAAUCUGUACGAAUAAAAUUUAUAACUCACUAGCCGAUGAAGCGGGGGGAUAUGAGAAUCUUACAUUUGGAGAAAGAGAGUGUCACAAUUAUAUUGCGAACUCAAGACGCCUUGGCAUAGAAUGUGCCGCAGCACUUCGUGAUUAUUUCAAUAGAAUGCGGAAAGUGAAUGAUGAUUUCUAUUUUGGUAUAGACGUGGAUGAUGAGUGUAGGCUGAGAAAUGUGUUUUGGGCUAAUGCACGAAGUAGGGCAUCGUAUGAAGAUUUUGGUGAUGUGGUUACAUUUGACACAACAUACUUAACCAACAAAUACGAAAUGUCAUUUGUCCCUUUUGUGGGAGUAAACCAUCAUGGUCAAUCAAUUCUUUUUGGAGCGGCAUUAAUUUCAAGUGAGGAUACGGCGUCAUUUGUUUGGUUGUUCAAGGCAUGGUUGAAAUGCAUGAAGGGUCGUGUGCCAAGGGCAAUUAUUACAGAUCAAGAUAGGGCCAUGAAAAAUGCUAUUAAUAAGGAGAAUGCAUGGCUGCAUGAUUUAUACAGUAAACAGACUUUCUGGGUACCGGCAUAUUUGAAUGGUGUAUUUUGGGCCGACAUGACUAUCACACAACGUAGUGAGAAUAUGAAUGCCUUUUUUGAUGGUUAUGUGCACUCGUCCACCUCAUUGAAGGAAUUUGUAUAUCAAUACGAUAAUGCUUUACGUAUGAAAGUUGAGGUUGAGAAUGUUGCUGAUUUCGAUUCCUUCAAUACCACAAUUUCAUGUGUAAGCUAUUGUCCCCUUGAGAAGCAAUUUCAAAAAAUUUACACCCAUGCAAAGUUUAAAGAAGUUCAGAAGGAGAUUUCAGAGCAUGCCAUAUCCGUGUUGACUACAUUUGAAGAUGUGGAUUUGUUGCCCGAAAAGUAUUUUCUAAACCGAUGGAGGAAGGAUUUGAAGCGGUCAUAUAAGUUAAUCAAGAGUAGUUAUGAUCCCUUGAGUGGCAACCCUACUACAGAUCGAUAUGCUGAACUGAGCAAAAAUGUGUUGAAGUUAGCCACAAUUGCAGCACCAAACGUGGACCAUUGCACGGAAGUACAAAAUUAUGUUGAUAUGUUAAUUAAGAAAUUUAGCGGUCCAAGCUGUGAACAAAGUCAAUCUUCCCAAUCGCUCCCAAGUGCAAAAGAUCUCCCAAGUGCACCUAUGAUAGAUGAUGGAGACAUGGAUUGUAUGGCGGUGGAGGUGUGUAGUCCUCUCGUGGCUCGGACUAAAGGGAAGCGUCCAUCAACCAGAAAAGUGUCUGUGGUUGAAAAAGCGGUGGGGAAAAAGUCAAAAGGAGGAAGCAAGAAACAGAGUAACACAAAUCCCGAGCUGCAAAGGAAAAAAGAAGAAGAAGUAUUUGUGCCUCAUUGCAAUUUUGCAAUUUUAUCAAUGCAGGGAAGAGUUAAGAUAUGGGAGGUCAUUGUAGGCGUUGCAAACCUUGUUGAUUGA